CACAAUAAAGUUUAGCUCUAGAGGCUUGCAGGCGCAGACGCAGCCGCUCCACGUCGCGUCGGCGCGCAGGAAACCGAGCUGGAAGGAUGUGGAUGCUUUAGUCAAAUGUUUUAUUUUUAACUGUUUGGAAAGGUUCUUUUUUUAUCCUUUACGCAUGGACCGGGGAUUGUUUCAGAACAGCUUUGCUGGAUUUUUUAAAGGUGGAAUGCUGUAACUCCUAAUUCUGACGGAGCACAUGCGCUCUCUCUGUCCCGCUGGACUUUUACCUGCGUGCUCCCGUUACCAGGGCGACCCCUCCAGCCUUCGUUGAGAUCAUUUCUUUUGGGGUGAACAUACAUGCGCGGGACCAUGGUGAGGCUCUCCGCGGGAGCAUUGCUCCUCCUGCUCCGCGCGCUUUGCGCCGUCAACGCAUUCGGGGAUGAGAUGGAAGAGAUGACCUGUGACCCGAUCCGGAUCAGCAUGUGCCAGGGGCUCGGCUAUAAUGUCACCAAAAUGCCAAAUCUGGUGGGGAACAUGCUGCAGUCGGACGCAGAGCUGCAGCUGACCACAUUUACGCCGCUCAUACAGUGCGGCUGCUCCAGUCAGCUUAAGUUUUUUCUCUGCUCAGUUUAUGUCCCCAUGUGCACGGACAAAGUUCCCAUUCCCAUCGGACCGUGUGGGAGCAUGUGUCUGUCUGUCAAGAGAAAAUGCCUCCCGGUUCUCCUUGAGUUUGGAUAUACAUGGCCCGAGGCACUAAACUGCAGCCGCUUCCCACCACAAAACGACCACAACCACAUGUGUAUGGAGGGUCCAGGUGACGAGGACCCGCCCUACCAAUCGGUCCACCAUCCUUCUGACCAAGACUGUCAAGCCCUGGAUUCUACCCCCGAUCAGUACACUUGGCUCAAGCAGACUGAAAGCUGCGUACUCCAGUGUGGCUACGACAAUGGCCUCUACCGGCGAGGAGCCAAAGUCUUCACAGAUGCAUGGAUGGCGGUGUGGGCUGUACUGUGUUUCCUGUCGACUACUUUGACAGUCCUGACUUUUCUGUUGGACUCACAGCGAUUCUCGUAUCCUGAGAGGCCCAUCAUCUUUCUGUCUAUGUGCUGCAACCUAUAUAGUGUUGCCUAUCUGGUACGCCUUACUCUCGGGAGGGAGCGCGUUUCUUGUGACUUGGAUGCCGUUGGAGUGCCAGUUCUAGUACAGGAAGGUUUAAAGAGCACCGGCUGCGCCAUCGUCUUCCUCCUGCUUUAUUUCUUCGGCAUGGCCUCCUCCCUUUGGUGGGUUAUCCUGACCCUGACCUGGUUUUUGGCAGCUGGGCUAAAGUGGGGCCACGAGGCCAUUGAAAUGCACAGCUCCUACUUCCAUAUUGCUGCGUGGGCCAUCCCAGCUGCCAAAACCAUUGUAAUACUCAUCAUGAGGCUGGUGGAUGCAGACGACUUGACAGGGCUGUGCUAUGUCGGCAACCAGCAGCAGGAGGCCCUCACAGGUUUCGUGGUGGCUCCACUUGCCACCUACCUCCUCGUUGGAACUUUGUUCAUUUGUGCGGGCCUCAUGGCGCUUUUCAAGAUUCGCUCCAAUCUACAGAAGGACGGCACCAAAACAGACAAGCUGGAGCGCUUGAUGGUGAAGAUCGGCGUCUUUUCCAUACUGUACACCGUCCCAGCAUCCACCGUAAUCGGCUGUUACCUCUACCAGCUCUCCCACUGGGGAGAGUUCAAGACCAGCACCCACGAUUCAUACGUGACAUCGGAGAUGCUCCGUAUCUUCAUGUCACUCCUGGUGGGGAUCACGUCGGGAAUGUGGAUCUGGUCGGCAAAGACUCUCCACACAUGGCAGCGCUGCUCUUCCCGGCUGCUCAGAGAAGGCCAUGUUGGGCGAGGUGGUAAGAGCGCACCGGGAGAGGGCUGGAUCAAACCUGGCAAAGGAAAUGAGACAGUCGUGUGAGAAGGUAGCCCAUGAGAGAAUGGACAGCAAACAGGAUCUGCUGAACUCUCUUCCUGUUAAAAAACUGUUCAAUGAAGGAUCGAAAGUAUAAGGAGAUUGGUGUUGGGUAAAAAUGUGACCCAUAGUGGGACGUUUCCAAUGGUGCCACUGGAUUAAAUGGCAUCACACGAGCCCUCGGACUUUCACUCCCUGUGCCUCUAAUAGAGGUUGUGAAGGAGAAGCUUAGACGAACAAGUCAUGCUUCAGCAGCAGCAGCCUCUCUACCUCGGUUCGACCGCUGUCUUCCAGAGAGGCGAAGAAAAGGAAAAAGAGACAGAACAGGCACAACAGUGGUAUCAAUAUGCAAACAAGAUCCACCAAUAAGCUGUACUGCACCAUCUCUACCUCUCUGUCUCUUUUUUCUCCAGAGUUUUCCAGCAGAACAAACCGAGCUGCUGAACACUGUAAACCUUUAAGCUGUUGUCUCUUUUUUUUUAAGUUUGUAAUUUUUACACUGGAGCAGAUAUUAUGCAGGUUCGGACUGAAAUUUCCCAGAAUCACCUAACAACUAGACACAGUUUCCAAAAAAAAUACAAACGUACCAUUUAAUCUGAAUUAUCGCAGUAAAAUAUUACCUUAUGACCUCAAAUCUUUUUAUUUAACCACUGAUCAAAUUUUCUUUGAAUUCUUAGUACACGUGAUUUUAACUGCCUCAAUUUGUUUGGGAAACCAGCUCUAAAGCUGGAAUAAUGCACUAAAAAUGUAUAAUAACUUAAGUGUUGGAGCCGAUAGGAAUAUGCACAGCGUAAAUAUUGAGAGAUGUCAUAGAUGCGGCAAUUUUUUUUGUAAAAUUGAAAGCAACACUGCCAGGUGUACACACUAUAGUCAGCCUUGAGCAGGACCUGCUGUGCCUGGGAAAUGCAGGCAUUUGGGUUUUGCUCUUUUAAGAAAACUGUUCCAAUGAAGUCUGCGGCUUUUAUGAAAAUCCUAUUCUUUAUAAGCUUAAGGAGCAACAGAAAACUCAAAUAUCCCCCUGCCCCUGAUCAAACAGUGAAGCCAUGUUUCUGAAAAGGAAAAUGUUGGACAAUCAGUUGCCAAAAUAUGCGUAAUCGGAAUUCUAGAGCAUGCAGAAAAAUAAAGGAAAGAAUGCAUUGUCGGCAUUAAAAGUGCAGUGUAAGCUAAAAUAUUUGAGUUAUGUUUAAAUUGAGGGGUCACACACCAGAUGUCCGUUUUUUUUAUCCACCAACUCGAUCUCCAACCACGGUGUCAACAAUUUUAAGGAGAGAAAAAGGAUGUCAAGAUACCCGUCAAAGGUUUAUUUUUCUCUGGGUCACAGCUGCUGUUUGUCGCAUGUGCAGUAUGUGAUUGCAUUCAUGCACCUUAAGGCCUCCGUUCCCAGACAUACCAGGUUCUCCGUGCUUCAUGUUGGCGUGUAUUUUUAAACUUAACUCGUCUCAAGGAUUUUCAACCGAAAAACAGCUCCUGCAUGUUUGCCUGACAAUCCCUUUGAGCAAAGCAUUUUAAUUGAAUGUUUGAAUGUGAUGGUUGUCCUUUUGCAUUUCAGUGGGCAGUAAUAGAGCUUGAAUCGCUUGCACCUGUCCUUAUGUGUCAUCUGUAACCAGAUAGUGCCUCUCACAGCCUUUGAAUUCAUCCUUUGCUUAGUGUUUCAAAUGUUUCAUUAUUUGCUUAGUGUUUCCAAACAUGCAUCUGGAAACGGUGGCUCAAGUGAAAUCUACAUUUACGAGAACGAUUAUCGGUCACUUAAAGCAAACUGAAUUAGCUUAGUUCCCUCUUAACCCUUGUACUAUCCUAUGAUCCCAGCCUUACAUUGACAGAUUAUCUUUACCAUGACAAAGGAGGAUAAAGGUGAAGAAGAUUUCAUUUAAUCCAUGGACACCAAUGAAGAUCACAAAUCAUUAAAGAAAAAAGUUCAGCGCAUGGUCUAGUGGGUCUAGAUGACCCAACUCCCAAUGUUAAAGUGCCUAGGAUAGCACAAGGGUUACACUGUUAUUAAUUUUUUGUGCGUCUUCCUUCCUGUAACUGAUCUACAGUUAACUUCUCCAACAAAUCACAGAAUGUGCCUUGAUAGACGGCGAGUGUGUAGCACUCAACCACAGGGAGCGCAAAUUUCAAAACACCCUUAAAAAAAAAAACUCCAGAUAUGAAUCAAUGAUGAGGACAUUUCCAAAACACAGAUUGUAGCUUUGAAGGUUUGAAACACUCCUUUGUAUAGAACGCUCAUUGUCUUUACAGUGUCAUGUGUGUAUUAAUUUAUCUUUGUAAAAAGAAUUGAUGAAUGUUCAAAAGCCUGUUUAUUUAAAAACUUUUUUGUAUCAGAAGAAGAUGAAUAAAAGCCUUUUGGUUUUCA